AUGGGGGGUGACCAAGAGAAGGGUGACAAAAGGGGUGACAGAGAAGGUGAGGAAGAGGGUGACCUAAAGGGUGACAAAGAGAAGGGUGACAAAAGGGGUGAUGGGAGGGGUGACAGAGAAGGUGACAAAGAGAGUGACCUAAAGGGUGACAAAGAGAAGGGUGACAAAGGGGGUGAUGGGAGGGGUGACAGGAAGGGUGACAUAGAAGGUGACAAAGGGGAUGGGGGAGAGGGUGACAAAGAGAAGGGUGACAAAAGGGGUGACAGAGAAGGUGAGGAAGAGGGUGACCUAAAGGGUGACAAAGAGAAGGGUGACAAAGGGGGUGACGGGAAGGGUGACAAAGAGGGUGACCUAAAGGGUGACAAAGAGAAGGGUGACGAAAGGGGUGAUGGGAGGGGUGACAGAGAAGGUGACAAUGAGAAGGGUGACAAAGAGGGUGACCUAAAGGGUGACAAAGAGACGGGUGACAAAAGGGCUGAGACAGGGGGUGACACAAAGGGUGACAUAGAAGGUGACAAAGAGAAGGGUGACAAAGGGGAUGGGGGAGAGGGUGACAAAGAGAAGGGUGACAAAAGGGCUGAGACAGGGGGUGACACAAAGGGUGACAUAGAGAAGGGUGACAUAGAGGGUGACCUAAAGGGUGACAAAGGGAGUGGGAGAGAGGGUGACAAAAGGGCUGACAGGAAGGGUGACGUGGAGGGUGACAAAGGGAAGGGUGACAAAAGGGGUGACGGGAGGGGUGACGGGAAGGGUGACAUAGAAGGUGACAAAGAGGAGGGUGACAAACGGGGUGAGACAGAGGGUGACAGAAGGGGUGACACGAAGGGUGACAUGGAGGGUGACAAACAGAAGGGUGACAAAGGGGAUGGGAGAGAGGGUGACAAAGAGGAGGGUGACAAAAGGGGUGACAGGAAGGGUGACAUGGAGGGUGACCAAGAGAAGGGUGACAAAAGGGGUGUGACAGAGGGUGACAAAGGGGGUGAUGGAAGGGGUGACAGGAAAGGUGACAAAGAGGAGGGUGACAAAAUGAGUGAGACAGGAGGUGACAAGGGGGGUGACACGAAGGGUGACGUAGAGGGUGACAAAGAGAAGGGUGACAAAGAGAAGGGUGACAAAGGGGAUGGGAGAGAGGGUGACAAAAGGGGUGACAGGAAGGGUGACAAAGAGGGUGACCAAGGGAAGGGUGACAAAAGGGGCGAUAGAAGGGGUGACAGAAAGGGUGACAAAGGGGAUGGGAGAGAGGGUGACAAAGAGGACGGUGACAAAAGGGGUGACAGGAAGGGUGACAAAGAGGGUGACCAAGAGAAGG